GUUUUGUCUGCCUGACCACUGGCCGAGAGUGGCAGAGGUGGUCGCAGUCGUGCAUUCUGUCGCAAUCGCAGCUCGAGAGCGCUCAUCUCGCACCGCUCGCUGCCCGUUGGACUAUCCGACACUCUCGAAAUUUUCCCGCCAAUAAUUUUCGCGCGUUUUAUUUUCUUUUUAUUCAUUUAUUUUCAACGAUUCGUUCGUGUAUUUGCAAUGCAGUGAUCGAUUUUAUUUUGUGAUGCGUUGUUACAUUGCGUUUAUUUUAUUCUUUGUGUUUUUACCGAAGUCGACUAAGGCGAUUCGAUGGUUGGCUUUGCAUGAGAGCGAAGGCAACUGGACGGAGAAUGAUUGCUUGGAGGCUCGUCGCGCGGGCUGGCUGUGGGGCGGGCAGGCGCGCGCGUGCCGGCGCCAGCCCUCGGCUAUGCCCCACGUGGCGGGAGCUGCGCGCCUCGCUCGGGCUGCCUGUCUCUCCGCUCACCAGGGCGAGCGCUGGAACUGCUCAUCCAUUGAACUUGCUCCCAGAUUUACUCCUGAUCUCCUCACAGGCACUCGUGAGCAAGCAUACGUGUACGCGAUGUCUGCGGCGGCGCUGACGUGGUCGGUGGCUCGCGCAUGCGCGGCCGGCUCGUUGCCGGCGUGCUCGUGCGCUGCACCCCCACGUGCGCCGCCUCGGCCUCCGCGGCAGGCACAGAUCACACCCGCCGAGCCUCACGCCAGGUUUAAAUGGGGUGGAUGUGGAGAUAAUUUUCAAUGGGCUGAAAGGUUUGCGAAACAAUUUUUGGAUGCUCAUGAAAUAGACGUUAGAGAAGGCAAGGUGGAAAAUACCCUGGAAAUAGAGACGACUACGACGGAGCUACCUACCACUACUACAACAACUAUAGAGCCAACCACGGUACCACCCGUUGUCAUCUUAGUGGACGAUCAGCCCGCGCCAGCUAACACCAGUGCAGCUCCAAAGACCAAGAAGAAGGGACGUCGUGGACGAAAGCGGCUCCCACGCUCCCCGCGCCGAGGCCGGCCUACACGGAAAAGGUUCAGAUCUAGACCGAGGUAUGAUUAUGACGACAGAGGCUCCAGAUACCGCAAUAUCGAAUAUCGUAUGGCAGCUGACGACCCAAGGUUUGACCCUCAAGUGGAUUUGCGAACACGACUUGAACGACUGCGAGAGCUUAUUGCAUCUGCUAACUUGAUGAAUGGACGAUUUGGAAGAAAGGCGGUGUCUGCCGGAAUGCGCACGAAGUGCACGUGCCACGGCGUGUCGGGGUCGUGCUCGGUGCGCACGUGCUGGCGCGCGCUGCCGGCGCUGGCGCGCGUGGCGGCGGCGCUGGCGGGCGAGGCGGCGCGCGGGCCCGCACUGCGGCCGCACGCCCGCCACGCGCGCCGCGCCCGCCCGCGCCUGCGCUACGUCACGCCCAGCCCCGACUACUGCGAGCCCGACCCCGCCGCUGGCUCGCUCGGCACCCACGGCAGGAAGUGCAACGCGAGCCUGGGCAGCGCGGCGGGCGGGUGCGGGCGGCUGUGCUGCGGGCGCGGGCGGCGCGCCGUGCGCUCCAGCCGCCUGGAGCGCUGCCACUGCCGGUACCACUGGUGCUGCCGCGUCGACUGCCAGCUCUGCCGCCUCACCACUGAGGAACACUACUGCAACUGAUCUACUUACGCAUCGGCUAUUCUUAUCGAACUUAAAUAAAGCAUACCACAUUAGCUGCAGGAAAAUAUCCCCAAAUUACGGUUAUAUCAAUGAAACUAUCCUGUAGGUUUUUUCCACAAGUUACCAAAUCCUGAUUGACACUCCGAUUUUAUUAAUUUUACUGCGUUUAAUUUUAAGACGAACCAGUAUAUUUUGAACCAAAGAGAUAAAAUAUAAUGUUUGACUAGUCAUUUUACCUUUCUAAGCAAUUAAUAUUAAAUAGUUCCGGUUAUCUCUUGUAAUCUAUAAAACGACUGUAAGAUGGAAUUAUGGUUAUUUACUAGUUUUGCCUAAAAGUUUUAGUGAAAGUGAAUCAAUGGAGACUUUGGAAAAAUAUUAGAGCACUGACACGACUGUGAACUAAAUAUUAUGAAUUAUUAUUUUAUAAAGAAAAUCGAUUGAAAUCUCCAGGUACCAUAAUGGUAAAUUCUGGAAAUGUGUUUGCAAUUUAUUUUAUUGCAAGGAACACUAUUUUAUCGACCACUUGUAAUACCGCAGAUAUAAAUAUUAUAUUGAAGAAUAACAAUUGCAAGUAACGUUCUGAAAAGCGUUAUCAGUAUUUCACUGUAGGUACUUAGAACUCUUGACACUUUUUAAAUGGUUUUAUUUAUUCGUUAAGACUGUCUGUUAUUUUGUAACAUAUCGGAAGUUAUAAUUCCAAUUAUUACGUAACUUAGUAUGUACUUUCAAAUAUUUCGACAAUAAAUUGUAUUGAGUAGAAAUUAAAGACGUAUUUGCCCACCGCUGUAUAUUCAGCUAUGAAUAAUAUUGAUGUUUUCCAUUUUGUGCUGAUGCAUUAAAAUCAUACAUCUGUAUUCUGUCAUUACGACGUGUAAUCGUUUUAAUAAAAAAAGACAUACUUAUCCUACGGUAAAUGUACUAAGUAUUAUAUUCCUAGUGUCAUUUAUUCGCAUUGUUGUACAUAUUGUAGUAUUUAUUAAACUCUUACCUACCUACUUGUAGAUUUAGAUAUCUUAUUGUCAAAUUAACUUUAAUACUUCGUAGUUUUAGUCGUAUUCGAUAUCUAUAGUCGUUCCAUGUCAAAUGAUAAUUUUAUUACUUAGCUGCUUAAGAACUCUUGUAUAUAAAAGUCGUACUUAGAAUAGAACGUUGUUUUAUUUAUAAACCAAAUUCACUACUUCUAUAAUUCGUAUAAAACAUAAAAGGGUGUACUAUAAACGAAUCUAACCCUGGUUCGUUCCAUUAAGGGUCAGUUCACAUCUGAGGUAACAUACGACGAACGUAUCAUCGGUUGAGUGUGAAUGGUCAAGUGUUUUUCUAUACUUUUGUCUGUUCUGGCGUUAUUUGACCGAUAAUAUGCGACGCAUGUUACGUCAGAUAUGAACCGACCCUAACAAUAAUUUAAAAUGCAAAAUUGUAACUUUAGGACACUAAAUCAGGGACAAAAUUCAUAAAAAAUACACAUUUUUAUGUUGAA